AUGUUUACACAUAUUCCCAGAGACAUACCUUCGCCUCUAUUGCUUGUUGACUCCACCAUCACCUUGGCGUCCUUGUCGGCGGUCGUCGUCUAUAUUCUCCUACCAGAUUAUCGCGAGGCCGCGUGGUGGUUGAACGCAGUCCAAAAGGCACUUGCAACCUUCCGGUUGAGAUCGGGAGGAUCCCAGUGGCACGACGAGAACUUGCCCGGCAAGGUCAUGGCUGUACCUGCUACGGCCGUUUUCCCCCUCUUGUCUCGGGACUAUUCUGCCACGGAGAGUGCUGCAGAGAAAACCGUAGAAGAGUAA